AUGGCGUCGACGAGCGUGCCUCAGAAUCCCACCUCGCACAAUGUCGCCUCGCUGCUGCCCAAGCUGCAGGACCCCGACUCGGAUAUCCGCUACAUGACCCUCAACGACCUCAACCAGAUGAUGAUCAACGGCCACCAGACAUUCCUCUCCCAUGACUACACCACCUGCGCUAAGGUCGUCGACGGCCUGCUACACACCCUCAACGACUCGCACGGCGAAGUCCAGAACAUGGCUAUCAAGUGUCUGGGCCCCUUCGUCAACAAGGCGCCAGAGUCCAUCCUUAGACCAACCAUCGCCAAGGUCAGCAAGAUCAAGACCGACAGCAGCAUCGACACGUCCAUCCCCGCUCUUGCCGUUCGAGCAAUCGUCGUUGCUCUCCCACACCCAGUCCUAGGCGUAGCGAGAUCAACAAAGGUCGACGAGGCCUACACUGCUGUUUCACAGGCCCUCAUCCCACGGCUGGUCGGCAGAGUCAUCAUUCCGAUUCCGAACAACAAGUCCAAUGAGACCCCGGGCGAGGGCAUGUUGGUGCAUGAUCUGGAGACGGGAGAGGAUAGCAAUAGCUUGGAUCUGUUGACCGAAGUUGCGAAAUGCUUUGGUCCCAUGCUGAAAGAUCCUGAGAUUCAGGCACUUGAGCAGGCUACUAUGCAGAUCCUCGAGAGCGAGCGAUGUGGCACGGUCGUGAAGAAGAAGGCAGUUACAGCCCUUUCUGCUCUUGCACCAUACUUCAACGACAGCGUAUUGGCUAAUCACGUCAGCUAUACUAUCCAGCAGCUUCGUCAGCCACAUCUCACCAACCAGCAACGCAAGCUAUACAUUACCGUCUACGGCAGCUUGGCUCGCAGUAUUCCUCAGAAGUUCGGCCCCUACCUCAAGACCCUUGCACCCUUUGUCCUCGCACCAUUGAGUCAGCAAGAGCUGGAUCAGCAGAGAGAAGCGGAGGCAGAGGCAGAUGGCGAGCGUGAUGUGCAAAUGGAAGAGGUGCGUGAGGCCGCACUGGUGGCGGUGGAAAGCUUCCUGGAAGCAUGUGCGCAAGACAUGAGAUCGUACACAAAGGAUGUGCUAGAGGCAGCAACGCGGUUCUUGAAAUACGAGCCCAACAUGGCAGACGAUGACGAUGAAGACAUGGACGAGGAGGAAGAAGAGGAAGACGAGUUCACAGGAGACGAAGAUUUUGAGGAAGAGGCUGGUUUUGAAGAUGAGGAUGAUGUGAGCUGGAAAGUGCGGAGAUGCUCAGCCAAGACGCUGCACGCACUCAUCGGCAUGCUCGACACGAACGAUCCAGCCAUGUACGGCCAGAUUGCUCCAGCGCUCAUUGCGCGGUUCAAGGAGCGGGAAGACAGCGUGCGGACUGAGAUCAUCUCGACACUGGCAUUCCUCAUCAUCAAGACCGGCUCGCAUACGGCAGUGCAGAAGCAUGAGGAGCACGUUCUCUUACCUCAGAGCAGGAAGAGGAGACGUGGUUUCAGUGACUCCCUGGGCUCUGAUUUUCAUGCUCAGCAGUCCAUCAUGAACGGCUACGCUUCGCCCAGCACACCACCUCCCGUCGACAACGCCACUCAAGGUUUGGCAAAGAUCAACCCCGAAAUCGUAAAGGGUGCGGCGAAGCUCCUCAAGUCGAGCACCAUCCCCACGAAGAAGGCUGUCAUUUCAUUGCUCAAGGACAUGGUUGUUGCACAGCAUGGUGGUUUGUCUGAGCAUGCGGACCUCGUCGUCGACCCGGUCAUCGAGACCAUGAGCGGCAACACUGGCUCUGUCUCGAACGUCGCUGGCAAUGCACUUCGCAUUGACGCUCUAGCCCUCCUCCGCGUUGUUGCUGAGAUGCACUCGAGUAAGGUCAUCCAACCACACUUGAAGAAGAUCGUCCCUGCUCUCGUUGCAGCAGCCAAGGACCGCUAUGCACUUGUGUCAAGCGAAGCAUUUUCAACCAUCGAAGCGUACAUCAAGGCGCUCACGCCGCCACGAUCCGCUGCAAGCAAGACCGGCGACGUUCUGACGAAACUGUACAAUGUCAUCAGCGAGCGCAUCUCCGCUCAAGACACCGAUACUGAAGUCAGACAAAAGGCAGUUCGGGCUCUGGGUCUACUGAUCGGCCGCACUUCUGGCUCUGCAGCAUCCAGCCUGCUUUCGCAGCAAGAUCGCUUCGCGGGACAGCAGCUCCUUGCUGAGCGUAUGAAGAACGAGCUGACUCGCCUUGCAUGUGUGCGUGCCAUAGAUACGAUUGCUGUUCUGGCACAGAGCAAGAAGGACUUCAAGCCUGACUUUGUCGGCACUGUCGCUUUGGAGCUCGGCGCUCAGCUUCGCAAGGCCAGCCGUUCCCUUCGCGGCGCCAGCUUGAGUGCACUUCGCAUGCUGGCCAUCAACCAGGCUUCACGAGAGGCGAUUGACGACAGCGCGGUAGCUGAGCUCGUGAAGAUGCUGGUCCCACUGCUUGGCACUGAGGACUUGCACAUGAUGGCCCCGGCUCUUGUGGUCCUUGCUGCGUUCGCCAAGGACAAGCCUCAACUCGUUGCCACCCAAGAUGUCAUCAACGGCAUCUGCGCCAUUGUUCGGUCGCCACUUUCCGGCCCAGCGCUCGACUCACUCAUAACUUGUGUCGAGGCAAUCGGUCAUGGUUCAGCUGGAAAGAAUCUCAUGGCGGCACUCCUACAGAUCGCUCCUCAAGGCGACACUGAUGUUACAGGGCAGGUUAUUGGCACGCUUCUCGUAUCUGGCGGUGACAGCCUUGGUGUCAAUCUGGAUGCGUUCAUCAAUGAGCUACAGACGCAGUCUGAAGAAAGCAGGCGAUGCUUGGCCCUCUCUGUGCUUGGCGAAGCUGGCCUUCGGAUGGGUACGAAGAGCCCGUUGAAGCCAGACACAUUCGUGAAGUAUUUCGAUGACGGAUCUGAGAAGGUCAGACUGGCUGCGGCCGUUGCACUGGGCAGAGCAGGUGCUGGUAACGUCAAGCUGUACCUCCCCAAGAUCCUGGACGGUAUGGCACAGGGUCGGCAGUAUCUGCUGCUUCACUCAGUGAAGGAGCUUCUCCAGCACAGCACUGCAGAGGACGAGAUCAGACCUUACACCAAGAAUCUCUGGGACAAUAUCAUCUCAUCCGGACAGGCAGAAGACAACAAGGUUGUGGGCGCCGAGUGCGUUGGCCGUCUUGCCAUCAUCGACCCUACUUCGUACCUGCCACAACUGCAGACCUUCCUCCAGAACCCGAAUCCCAUCGUCCGCGGCAUGGUCAUCUCUGCAUUGCGCUACGUCUUUUCUGAUACCGAGGAGUCGUACAAUGCCAACCUGCAGGCUACGAUUGUGCCGAUGCUGGCGACUAUGCUCAAGGAUUCGGAUCUCGAUAACCAGCGCCUUGCUCUCUCCACUUUCAACGGAGCGCUGCACAACAAGGCGGAGCUUGUUCUUCCUCAUCUGAACGAACUGCUACCAGACGCUUUCCGCGCAUCUGUCAUCAAGCCUGAACUUAUCCGUGAGGUCACGAUGGGUCCAUUCAAGCACAAGAUUGAUGACGGUCUUGAGAUGCGCAAGUCUGCGUACGAAACCCUCUAUGCUCUCCUGGACACCCCUGCCGCCCGCCAGAAGAUUGACAUGACAGCUUUCUACGAUCGCAUUGUCGAUGGCAUUGCCGACGAACAUGAGAUCAAGAUCCUCUGCUGCCUGGUUCUGGGAAAGCUCAUCGCCCUCGCUCCAAUCGAAUCUGCUCGCAACCUGGAGGUUCUCGCCAUCAAGUUCCGCGCGGUCCUGUCCUUCAAACCAAAAGACAACGCCGUCAAGCAAGAACUCGAGAAGAUUGCCGAAGAGCAGAAAGCUAUCGUCAAAGUUUCCGUCCUUUUCAACAAGACCUACGGCACCGACGCCAUCUCUGACGGCAGCCGCACCUGGAAGGACUACUGGGACUUUGUCCGUAAGGACUUCAUCGGCCAAGUCAAGGCUGCUGAAGACGAGCUUCGUAGCCAGCAGGGUUAG